GAAGCGAAAUUGGGAGACACAAACACAAAGCAAAAUCAUAGCCAUACAUUGAAUAUGAGGCUAUCCAUUAUCUCAUCCUUUCUCAGUUCAAUUCCUUCCCCUCAUCUCUCAAAAACACCCACCACUUACUUAUACUUGCCUUCUCUACUACUCACUGCUGAUUUUUUGCUAUUAAUCUUAGCCUCAGCAAAUUUAUUUCUGGUUUCUGCGUAUCCAUUAUGGCCUCGGCUACUCUUUCUGUAGCCAAACCAUCCCUUCAGGGAAAUGGAAAGGGAUUCCAAGAAUUCUCAGGCCUCCGCAACUCAGCAGCUUUCCUUCCCUUUUCCAAGAAAACUUCUGAUGACUUGCUCUCAGUCGUUGCUUUCCAGACUUCUGCUGUGGGAAGCAGCAAUGGGGGAUACAGGAAAAUUGCAGCUGAGGCUAAGCUAAAAGUGGCCAUAAAUGGAUUUGGUAGGAUUGGAAGGAACUUCUUGAGAUGCUGGCAUGGACGUAAGGAUUCCCCUCUGGAUGUUAUCGCCAUUAACGACACUGGCGGUAUCAAGCAAGCCUCUCAUCUCCUCAAGUACGAUUCCACCCUUGGCAUCUUCGAUGCUGAUGUUAAGCCUGCUGAGAAUGGUAUCUCUGUCGACGGCAAGGUCAUCAAGGUUGUUUCUGAUCGCAACCCCGUCAAUCUUCCUUGGAAGGACUUGGGUAUCGACCUGGUGAUUGAAGGAACUGGAGUUUUCGUGGACAGGGACGGUGCUGGAAAGCACAUUCAGGCAGGAGCCAAGAAAGUGCUCAUCACAGCCCCUGGAAAAGGUGACAUCCCAACCUACGUCGUCGGAGUCAAUGCUGAUGCUUACAAUCCUGAUGAGCCUAUUAUCAGCAAUGCUUCUUGCACUACCAAUUGCCUUGCUCCUUUUGUCAAGGUCCUUGACCAGAAGUUUGGCAUUAUCAAAGGAACCAUGACUACCACUCACUCAUACACCGGUGACCAGAGACUCCUGGACGCCAGCCACCGCGAUCUCAGACGGGCAAGAGCUGCUGCUCUAAACAUUGUUCCAACUUCAACUGGUGCAGCCAAGGCAGUUGCCCUUGUCCUUCCAACUCUCAAAGGAAAACUUAACGGCAUAGCCCUCCGUGUACCAACACCAAAUGUAUCAGUUGUGGACCUGGUGGUUCAGGUAUCAAAGAAGACAUUUGCAGAAGAGGUAAAUGCUGCAUUCAGAGAGAGUGCAGACAAGGAACUGAAGGGGAUCCUGUCAGUUUGCGAUGAGCCUCUUGUUUCAGUGGAUUUCAGGUGCACAGACGUUUCAUCAACUGUAGAUUCAUCCCUGACAAUGGUGAUGGGAGAUGAUAUGGUUAAGGUGAUUGCUUGGUAUGAUAAUGAAUGGGGUUACUCUCAAAGAGUUGUGGAUUUGGCUGACAUUGUUGCCAACAAUUGGAAGUAGAAACAAUAUUUGUUGCCUUUUCUCCAAUGUAAUUUUCUGAGUUUUGUGUCCUCAUGAUGAUCUUCCUUUCUACAAUUGGGUUCUCAUCCCAUUUCUAUUUUUGUCAACAAUGUAUAAUUAUAUUGUGGAAUUGAACCAUUUUUCUCUUCA